GGAAGUUGCGUGAUUCAGACGAUGUAGCCCCCAAUGAUUUGUGACAAAGGCGUCACUGCUGGACUCUUCUCUGCCUGAUGAGAUCAAUGACCACCAGAGAGGAGACUUAGUUUCUUUACACUCUACACAACUGACUCGGAUCUGUAUGAUUUGAGGUACGUGUGUGAUGUGCCAUGCGUUUCCUCUAAGUCGAAACAUUCAUUGCUGGGAGACGAAACACUCUGAUGAUCCAUCCACCGUGCGAAAAGAGUAGUCCAUCUCUGUCUGAAAUGUCGCAAAGAGUGAGGUUUGAUUUCUCAAUAGCAUCUCCUGCAGAACACAUCCAUUUAGAAACAUCUACCUUUCAUAUCUGAACUGCUGACUGCAAGUAGAGUUGGCCCAUCGAAAUGGUCAGUUUUUGAGUUUAGCGAUUGCGUUGCCAAAUUGCAGCAGUUGCGCUGCCGCAGUGAGGUGCUAGAUUCGCUGCUGUUGGAGUGGAACCGGAGCACAGGUGAUGAUCUGCAAACUCGGGUGGCAUGGCUACAGCAGUGGUUGGACACGGAUAGAGAAGGACCAUGAGGAAAUAGAAUGGAGUCGGACCAGCCAGUUCAUCGCAUUGGAAAUGCAGAGCUGAGGAAGGGCAGGGUGAUCCGGAUUUCUUACAAGAGGGCAACAUACGUAGUGUGCACCGUCAACCUGAUGCUGGCGGUGUGUUUGAUGUACUCAAUCCUGUCGCCUUUGCACCUCAAGUCUCACACUCCUCACGUCAUAGCGGUCGACACCUCCAAUGGACGUCGCCCAUCGUCUCAGCGAACCACGAGGGAAGAAUUAGUGCGUUUACGUUCCUCCGACAAACUGCGCCGCGAUAUGGUGCCCAUUCAUCUCAUUCAAGAGGUGAAGGUCCUCCAAGCGGAAACCAUGGAAGAAAUCACGAGAACGAAGAAACUGAGCUCAAUCAGGCAAAAGAAGUCCAUCGAGGUCUUGCAACGUCUGGCCCAGGUGAGGCGCGGCAACACCCAAGCAAACCAGCAAGGUAUCAUUCAUCCAUGUAUCCAUCCAGCCUUCUUUUCAUUCAUCCAAUUUUUCGGCUCUCAUAUAUUCAUCCAUCCAUCUCUUCAUUCAUCCAUCUUUUCACCCACAAGGUUUCAUCGUUGGGCACCCUUUCUUAGGCUUACAGAAAUGGAGGAAGAAGAAGCUUCUAGACGCAAAGAGAAUCGAAGCUGCCCAACGUGGACGUUAGAUUUUUAUAUUGCUCUACCAAAACCCACCCACCAUUGCUUUAGCUAUCUGUCACAUGGCUCAUUUAGCUGUGAAUAAAUCUACCUCUUCAUGGGGUUCUCAUCCUCUCCACCAUUUGGAAUUGUCUCCACAAGGUUAGAUAGGCUACUUCAGUGAUUUGUGCAUAAAUGAUGUUCAUUUUCUUAUUUUCUUAUUUUUUUUAUAUAAGGACAUGAAUGAAGAAUGGUAAUAACUAACAUUAGGGUAUUUUGCUUUGGAAAUAAUGCAUAGUAGUUUGUUAUCAAGGUGUAAUAAAGAAUAAAACAAUCUAGAUAGAUACAGGGAUGAGUGGAUGUUUAGGAUCAACCCAUGCUAAGAUACACAUUUUUACCAAAUAAUGCAAAGAUAAAUCUCAUCUUCUA